AUGGAUCGGUUAUCGUUAUUGACUUCUGAACUAAUUAUUGAAAUUCUUUCACGAACAUCAUUACAAACAUUUGCUACCAUACGUUGUACAAAUAAAUAUUAUGGAAAUCUAACAUACAAUAACUAUGUUCUUCAUAACUACAACCGUAGAAAUAAUGUGGUUUGUAGAAUUAUCGUUCAACAAAAUAAACCAUGGAGAAAUAUAGAACGUCAGUUUGUUCCGUCUUCUGCUAGCAACAAUCUCGACAUUGAUUGGCUACCACAUACUUGUACUAUUUUAGCAUCAUCAUUGUGUGGACUCCUUCUUGCUGAAUCCUAUGAUCCAAAUGAAUACGUUUCAAAGAUUUUAUUUGUUAUCAAACCAACAACUACAGAUGCCAAAUGGACACCUUUUCCGACCUCUGAAUACUGCGACAAAGUUUGCUUUGGUAGUUAUCAGUUCGAACCUGUUACAUUUCAAGGUCAUUCGAUUGUCAUACACAAAGCCAUCGUAAGAGUUUAUAUGUAG